AUGGAUCUUGGAGAUACGAGUGUGCUCACCGACGAACAGCUCAUGGAUGGCUAUGAUGACACCCCGUGUCAAGCGUUUUCCCUCGUGUUUAUCCCUGAGACUGAUGCUGCGCGUUUGGAUGCUGUUCUGGAUGGUAUUGAUGGGGGUGCUGGUUUUGACUUGGGUGCGGCCACGCUCGGCCCUGGUGCGCCUCCCUUUGCUCUUGGUUCAACCGAUAGGUCCGUGGACAUCAACCGCUUCCACCGUUCCCUCACACACGCUUGUGAACCGCUCUUGAGAGAAACUGCUCGGCAGAGGAGCAUCGCUGUCACGGGCGAGCUGGAACCGUGCACGGACUGCCUGAAGGCGAAGGGCAGGCGAGCGUCGGUGCCGCGGGGGCCGGGAGCGCGGGUGUCCAAGCCACUCGGGCGUGUUCACCUGAACCUGUGUGGACCGCUGGUGCCUUCCUUGGGCGGCAACCUCUACCUGCUCGUCGCCGUGUACAGCGCCUCGCGGUGGGUUAAGGUCUCCGGUCUCCGGCGAAAGUCUGACGCGAUGGCGGCAGUGAAAAGGCUGCUGGCGGACGUGGGGCGGUACGACCUCGGGCGCAUCGGGUGUUUCCGCGUCGACAACGGCACCGAGUGGACCCGUGGCGACUUCCGGCGCUUCUGCGACGACAACCGCAUCGGCGUCGAGUUCACCCCGCCUAGCACCCCGAAAAACAACGGCGUCCUCGAGAGCGCCAUCUGGCGGGUUAUGAAGGUCGACAUGGCCGCCCGCCGCAGCGCUGGCCGUGUGUUCGACGUCGACUUGGCCUCCAUCCCCGGCCUCGGCCAGCGCGGUGACCGUCUUUGGAUGGAAUCGGCGAAGUGGGCCGCCGACGCUCUUAAUCACUCGGCGACCAAGGCCGAUUCCGGGCGAUGCUCGCCGCAUGAGAUGUUCACCGGCGGGCAGAAACCGUUCCGCGUGCUGCCGUUCUUCCAGCUCGGCUUCAUGCGCGAGGAUCGCCGCACCAAGCUCGACGACCAGGCCAAUACCUGA